CCCGCCCCCAGCACGGUCCGUCGGAGGCUUUAGUGGCCCCGAAGGGAGGAGUGGUGGAUUAAGGGCAGAAGGCAGAACAAAGAGCUGUACAGUCAGCUAACUACCUCCCUGCACUGUCCUUGGGAGAAAGCGUAAGCAGGUUCAUGUCACUCAGUUUUACAGAUGAAAGAAGAGGAAUGUCAGAGGAAUGACUGACGUGCUAGAAGCCAUCUAGCUGGCGUCAAGAGAAGAGUCAUAAUGCACAACCCAAGAUUACUCCUUUCCAGAGUGGGUUUCUUCUCCAAACCAGGACCACUUCCUUGGUAUGCUGCAAACUCAUCAGAUUUGUCACAGUCCUUUUUGGGCAGAGCACAUAAGGGGAAUUUCACUAAUGUGAUAAUUAAGAAGCAUCCAAGCGGACAAAAACAUCAGAAGAAACAAAGGCAUUUCGGAUCACUAGAGGACUCCUGGCAGGAGAGGCUGGCUGACGUUGUGACUCCGCUCUGGAGGCUGAGCUAUGAAGAACAGCUCAAGGUGAAAUUUGAAGCUCAGAAGACAAUUUUACAAAGACUAGAGUCUUACCUGCAGUUCCUCCAUGGAGUCCAUGGAACAGUGGCUUCACCUCAUUCGGAGGGGCUGCAUUGUCACCUCCAUCCUAUUAUACCUUCUCCCAUCAUCAAUGGCUACCGAAAUAAGUCCACCUUCUCUGUGAACCGGGGCCCCGACGGCAAUCCAAAGACUGUGGGGAACUACCUAGGAACUUGGAGAGAUGGGAAUAUCGUCUGCGUACCUUGUAGCCAUCUGAAAAACAUCCCAGAGAAACACAAUCAAGUGGCUCAGUACUAUGAAGUAUUCCUUCGACAGUCUUCAGUGGAACCCUGUCUUCUGUUUCAUGAAGGUGGACACUGGCGUGAGCUCACAGUUCGAACCAACAGCCAAGGACACACAAUGGCUAUCAUCACUUUUCAUCCCCAGGGAUUAAGUCAGGAGGAACUGCGUGUUCAGAAGGUGACCUUGAAGGACUUUUUCACUAAAGGUCCUGGAGCUGUUUGUGAACUGACUUCACUCUAUUUCCAGGAAAGUACCAUGACCCGGUGCAGCCAUCAGCAGUCCCCCUACCAGCUCCUGUUUGGGGAACCCCACAUCUUUGAAGAUCUUCUGGGUUUGAAGAUCCGCAUCUCUCCAGAUGCCUUCUUCCAGAUUAAUACCGCUGGUGCAGAACUGCUGUACCAGACCAUUGGGGAGCUGAGUGGAGUGAACUCCAGUACCAUCCUCCUUGACAUUUGCUGUGGAACGGGUGUGAUUGGCCUUUCUCUGGCUCAGCGUGCAUCCCAGGUCCUUGGCAUUGAACUGGUGGAGCAGGCUGUACAGGACGCCAGGUGGACUGCAGCCUUCAAUGGUGUCACCAACUGUGAGUUUCAUGCUGGGAGAGCAGAGAAGAUUUUGCCACAGUUGUUAAAGUCGCAGGAAGAUGAGAAGUUAACAGUUGCUGUGGUCAACCCUGCCCGUGCUGGACUGCAUUACCAAGUGGUGCAAGCCAUUCGGAACUGCAGGGCCAUCCACACUCUAGUUUUUGUUUCCUGCAAGCCCCACGGUGAAAGCACAAGAAACUUCAUUGAGCUGUGCUGUCCUCCAAACUCGGCUAAGAAGCUCCUCGGUGAACCCUUUGUCCUGAGACAAGCUGUACCCGUGGAUUUGUUUCCCCACACCCCACACUGUGAACUGGUACUCCUCUUCACUCGAUAAGGCUAGGAGACUUCAGGCUGCUAAGGCUGAAGUUUCAGGGACGUCAUCAGGUUUGGCCUGUUGCUGCAUUGGAGACAUGGAUGUGUCACCCGGGAAACCAGUCUUUGUAUCCCCAGCAAGAGUUUAGCUGGCCUCCUUUGAGGCAGAUUGAACUAUAGCUUGUCAUAUUUCUUUGGGAUUACUCAUAUUUGUGUAGCUUUGAACGCUCCAAACUCCUUGGAUUUCUUACAAAGCAGAAGGGGCUAGGGAGCCAGGCGGUGGUGGCACAUGCCUUUAAUUCCAGCACUGGGAGACCGAGGCAGGUGGAUCUCUGUAAGUUCAAGGCCAACCUGAUCCUCAGAGUGAGUUGCAGAACAGGCUCCAAAGCUUC